AUGGGUCGCAAGAAGAAGAAGGCAUCAAAGCCCUGGUGUUGGUACUGCAACAGAGAGUUCGACGAUGAAAAGAUUCUAGUGCAGCAUCAAAAGGCAAAGCAUUUUAAAUGUCACAUUUGCCACAAAAAGCUUUACACAGGUCCGGGACUUUCGAUCCACUGCAUGCAGGUGCAUAAGGAAUCAAUUGACAAGGUUCCAAAUUCGCUUCCCAAUCGGUCGAACAUAGUGAUCGAAAUUUAUGGCAUGGAAGGAAUCCCUCCGGAGGAUAUCCGUGAUCAUGAAAAGCAGAAGAACGGGAAUCGGUCAGAGUCGGAAGAAGAGGAACCAGCGCACAAGAAAAUGAAACAACCCGAGGCGUCUGUGCCACAGGGAAUGAUGCAGAUCCAGAAUAUGAUGCCUCCGCAUAUGCAGGCCGCUUACGGAAUUAAUCCAAUGAUGAGUGCGAUGGGAGGCAUGAAUCCAUACAUGGUACCACCUGGAAUGCAAAUGAUGCCCACGAUGAUGGCCACUGCUCCACGGCCCCUGUUUCCAGCGGCUGCAGCCGCGAGUGCUGCUACCGUGCCGACCACAUCGAAGCCGACGUUUCCAGCUUACAGUUCAGCCACGAUAAGUGCUCCGCCUACUACCAAUAGUGCUAUUUCCGCGGCGGCCGCAAGCAAUAGCAGCAAUAAUGGGUUGGGUGGUGGUGAUGCUACAAAGGCCGCAUCUUCAACAGUAAUACCAAACUCGGGCACCGCAACGUCCAAGAUUGUACAUCCGCCGGAGGAUCUUAGUUUGGAAGAGUUGCGAGCCCGGAAGCCUCAGUAUCAGAAGCAAAUUCAGCAAGCUACUCAGCAAAUGCUGCAGCAAAAACAGCAAGAAAAGCAACAGGCACAGGUGGCGGCUGCCGUUGCAGCGGCCCAACAGCAGCUACAGGCACAGGCGCAGGCUCAAGCGCAACUGAAGCAGCACCAGCAACACCAGCAACAGCAGCAGCAACAACAGCAACAACAGCAUCAGCAACAACAAGCACAGCUUCAGCAAUUGUCGCCAUUUUCAUCUGCAGCUGGCACCGCAUCGAUUGUUUCCAAUACACAAACGACUGCCGUGAUGAAAGACAAUCGGAUGAUGUCGCCGCAUGAACAAGCCGCAGUGAUAGCGCAUGCUCAUGCCGCUGCGGCCAAUCAUCAGAAACAGAUCGAGGAAUUGAAUCGUGCAGCUAUGAUUCAACGAUUUCAGGCAGCAAACGCAGCUGCUGCGAAUGCUGCAGCAGCUGCCGCCAGCAGACCAGGAAUGCAACUAGGAAUGGUUCCAGUAUCACUCGGAGGUCCUGUCCCGCUAAUGCCUCCAAUGAUGCGUCAAGGAUUGGCGCUCGGUCCACCUGGAGGUGGCAAUUUGGCGUUAUUAGGGGGAAAUAUGCUUCGCCCUGGUCCCCCUCAAAUGGGUCUUGGUCCAGGUGGAUUAAUAACGCAAAUUCCAACUGUACCGGGCAUGGGUGUAGUUUUUCCCGGCGCACCGAUGCUACCGAUGAUGCCCCCACGAUUCCGGUGA